AUGUCCUGUACAGACUCUGCAAACGCACCCUCUCUUCUCCUCCUACCUUCGCCGCCAGACCCCGCAACCCCAGACGCAGUUCGAGCUGCUUACCGACGUCCCCUGGAAGCCGUCAUCUCUCGACUAAGCCAUGAAAAUAGGCCAAAUGCUCCUCGAGAUAUAGCACCCGUGCUAGUCGUUGCUGUCGCGUCACCAGUCCUAACCAGAGGGAAUCCCGCGGCAACAAGCGGGCACGAUGCGCGAUCCGUAGAUUGGGCACCUUCUCAAUCUCUCCUGGCCGAUUUGUACUCGUUGGUGGCAGUAAUUUGCGCUGAAAAGUCAAUUGCCACCGAUUUGGAAGCCGACGACCCUGGUGCCGUCGAUGUUCGACUGCUUCUCAUUGACCACGAUCAAUCAUCUCCUUCACACUACCGGCCGGGGCCGAAUGGAUGCUACGAGGCAAACAACACGACUGUUUUGGACUUGGCGGCGUUUGCCUCGUUGGUUCAUCCGUGGAGGCACAUAUUCCAUCCCAGCAGUGAGGCGGGCUAUCAGCUGCACGCUGCUUAUCUGAAGUACGCUGAAGGAAAGCAGAGGUUCCUUCAGAGUCAACUCGUAGCCGUUGACGGUGGUCUGACCUUGUCACAACCCGCCUCCUCACAAGGAACCGCAAACGACGCGGCUUCUGUGUCUGGGCCAAGUACAUCCCGGCAACCGAAGCAUUCCGCCAAAAGCUACACCACGGUGUGCCUCGGCGGGACAUUCGACCAUUUACAUCCUGGUCACAAAUUGUUUCUCCACGCUGCCAUUCUCUUGUUAAAUCUCCAAGACAAUCCAUCGGGUAAAGAGCCGCCAUGUGAACUGGUAGUUGGCAUCUCCAGCGACGAGUUGCUCGCCAAGAAAAAGUACGCCGACCAGCUUCAGUCGUGGGACGUUCGUUCUCGCUCCGUCAUCAACUUCCUCUCCACACUUCUGAAUUGGUCUACCACAUCGGCGACGGCCAUGAAGGCUGUGCAGGCCGAAACCAAGGAAUUGCACGCCACCUUCCGAAACGGCCGCAUUUUGGUGCGGUGCGUAGACUUCCACGACCUCUAUGGGCCCACGGUCAAACAAGAGUCUAUUCAGGCACUCGUCGUCUCUGGAGAGACUCGCAGUGGUGGCCAAGCUGUCAAUGACAAGAGACACAGCCAAGGCUGGCCAAUUCUAGACAUCUACGAAAUCGACGUUCUGGAUGCCGGCAUUGGUCCCGUAGAGGGUGGCAACGGCAACACGGCGGCUGGUGGCAACUUUGAAAGCAAAAUCAGCAGCACCGAGAUUCGGAAACAAAAGGCGCAAAGGCUUUCAGAUUCUCGUUGA